UGUCGGAGUUGACGUGAGCGCGCUUUUCACACAGAACAGGAACCGAAGUGAAGAAACAGAGCGGUCUGUUGAUUAUUAAUAUUAAUAUUAAUAAUAAUAAAGACCAGAAACUUUAGUGGUGAGGUUUUAUCUUGGGUUUGGACAUGGUGGGAAACGAGGCGGGGAGGAGGAGGAUUGUGUUUCUUGUACUCUGGACUUGGAUGAAACUAAGAGCGAUGGAGAAGAAGUAGAAGAAGAAGAAGAAAGACGAAGAAGAAGAAGAAUAAGGAAGCUAAGCGUUUUUAGCUAACUAACUAAACUAACUAACUUGUGUUUAGUAGAGUGCUCGCUUGUUAUAUUUCGAAUUCCAGGCGUUUAACUUCGUAAAAAAAAAAAAAAUCUCAGAUUUUCCCCUGUUUAUUUAAACACCAGGCUGUGUGUGUGUGUGUGUGUGUUUGAGCGAGCGCCUUAGCGGUCGCUAGUUAGUGUGUUAGUGUUGUUAAGCAGCUAGCCCGCUAGCUAACAACAUUGCGGCGGCUAACAUGGAGGAAGAGGUGCAUGUGUGUGUCGGUACCAUCGCAGCGCUCUUAUAUAAUCAUCAUCCCAAACUCAAAUGCAGCUCGGAAGCGCUUUAGACGCAGAAAUGUGGACGUGGAUCGAUUAAGUGCUGAAAUCAAACAGGAAUCAACGCAGACAUGGAGUCCAACCCUCUCAUAAGUGCCAUGGACCCGUCCAUCACGUUGUGGCAGUUCCUGCUGCAUCUCCUGGACGACCAGAACCAGCGGCACUUGAUCUCCUGGACGUCGAACGAUGGCGAGUUUAAGCUGCUGGAUGCAGAGGAGGUGGCGCGCCUCUGGGGGCUGCGCAAGAACAAAACCAACAUGAACUACGACAAGCUGAGUCGCGCGCUACGCUACUACUACGACAAGAACAUCAUAAAAAAAGUAAGCGGCCAGAAGUUCGUCUACAAGUUCGUGACCUUCCCCGACCCUAACUCGGCCGAUGGCCUCAGAAGCCCAGAGGAUGCCCAGCGGCUCGUCGGAGGAGGUGAGAAAGCGGAGACGCCUGUCCAAUCCAAGGCAGCGGGGGGUGCUGGCGCCACUGUGUCCUCCCUGUCCAAGAGCCUGCAACCUCAGCGCUCAUCUCCUAGCUCAGUGCAGCGCAGCUCCCGCAACGACUACAUGAAGUCUGGGCUUUACUCCACCUUCACCAUCCAGUCCCUGCAGACGCCCUGCAAGAGCAACAGCAAAGCUGUGAAAACGGAGCUGCCCGUGGAGAGUGCGCCAAAACUCGGCAGCAUCGAGCGACCGCUGCAGGAGACGCGCGUAUGUCAGACGGAAGCUCAGCAGGCGGCAGCGGUCACACCGUCUCCAGUGGACAGCGGCGGUCUGCAGGUGAUAGUGACACAACCUUCACCCUGCGCUACUCCCGCCCUCAGCCCACAGACGCCCUCUGCCUCUACCGCUACCCCUACGAACGGCCAGCAGCAGAAGACCCAGGGUCUCAACGAUCCCCCUCAGAUCUACCUGACGAGCGUGUCUGACCCCAGCUCCCUGACUUCGCUGAUCCAGGUAGCCGGGAGCGACUGCGUGGUCAGCUCUCAGCAGGGCCACCCCGUGUUUGUGGUCAUAAAACCUUCGUCUGUCGGUGAAGCCAAAGAACCGAACAUGGCUUCUGGCGAAGACCUGCUGGACAUCGUGGACCUGGACGUUAAACCCGAAGCCGAGACGGUCCCUGUAUCCACUCCAGUGGUUACCGAGACUCCGGUGUCUGUUGAUGCUUCGCCACCCUCCUGCCCGGAGCCCGCAGUACCGGCGGAGGUAGAAUCGGAGCAGAAUGACGACCCUCAGCCAUCUGUGGAGGACACGGACACCACCGGAGCAGCAGCAGCUACGCAACCAGCCUCCGCUCAGGAAGUGCAGCCGCCUAAAUCCAAGAAGCCUCGCGUGCUCGAGCUUCCCUCGUCUCCUUCGCUGUUCCCUCCCGGCCUCUCUCUGGAUAAAGUCAGCGCCGCGGUGAACAGCCUGCUGGCCCCAGGCAACACCACGAACACCCUCACACCCACCGUCAUCACCUCUCACGCCUUGACGCCGGUGUUGUUGACGCCGAGUCCCCUCCCGUCCACCAUCCACUUCUGGAGCACGCUGAGUCCCAUCGCCCCACACAGUCCUGCCAAGCUCUCCUUCCAGUUCCCCUCUAACGGGAGUAAUCAGAUCCACAUCCCGGCGCUCAGCGUGGACGGACUGUCUACUCCCGUCGUCCUGUCCCCGGGCCCUCAGAAACCGUAAACGUCCCAUUCCUCACAGGCCCUCGACUAGACGGAGGCGGGGACGACACCCAGCCAGCAAUCUACACAACGAGUCCUGGAAUAUCCUCUGGAGCGGGAUGAGAUUCCAACUUCAGGCUGGCUGAAACCGGAACGUGUAUCUUUCAGACUAAAAGGUGCCAUUUUAUAGACCAGUUUUCAUGAUCUCUUCUUUCACAUCCUUACCGUUCUGUACAUUAUUUAUUUUUUUGGGAUGUCUCAUCGGAAAAGAUAUUUUGGUGCGUAUUUUAGUUCCAUUUUCAAGGAUUUUUUUGGGAGGAUGCACCUUUUUUUAAGGUUUUUCCUCACUAGUUCUGAGACGAAGCAUCGAGAAGCAGACUUCGCUUCUUCAUUUUGUUUCCAAGGACGUUAUGCUGAAAUAUAUCAAACAACAACCAGAUGGCAGUAAAGACAUACUUUUUU